UUCAACUUAACGGCCUUGAAUUUGCAUUUCUGAAUGUUCUUACAGGAUGGAAUGGGAAAUACUUCCUGUGGGGAUUAUUUCGUCGUAAGAAACGAGAUGAAGUUGCAUGCCAAGAUAGAGCCUUCUAUUCGUACACAAGACCUUCAAAAGAUUGCAAAGAAUCUACAGCUACCACCACUUCACAUGGGAGUAGAAGGUGAUAAACAAGAUGGUAGCUCGUCUCCGGGCAUUUUACGAGAAAAAGGUGAAAUGGCUUUGAUUUGUUAUUUAUUAUUACAUUUAGACAUGGAAAUCCUCAGAACUAUUCGCUUAGACAACACAGAGAGUGGCUUUGACAUCUAAAAAAGUAUUUACUUGGGACAAUAAAUGUAUUGUUUGCAUACAGUACUGAAGAUUAUUAAUAGUGUUAAAUUGGAUUAUUGACUAUUUUUUUUCUUCUUUAGUCUUGUCUGUUUUUAUUUA